AGUUUUCUGUUUCCUGCUGAAAGAGUUCCUUGCUGCUUAAUUCACGGCGAGGCGCAGCUAAACUCGAACACGGCCACUGUUACGGUCAUGCCGGUGCAGCGUGCGGCCUGCCAGCUCGACUGCAGCAUUGGGGAUCAUCGGAUGAAGCCAUGACUCCAAACCAGUUUUGCUGCUGCCUUAUUGUUCUGAAGCAAGGCGUACAUUCCAUUAAACUGAGCACAGGUGUCACCACCUGUUCAACAGGCGUAUAUAAGAUGCUGCAGGUGGUUGUGAGACAGAGACAGAGUUGAAUCGGAAGCAUCAUCAUGGCCUCCACAGUGCUGUUCCUGCUCCAGCUGCUCCUUCUGUCCUCACUGGUGACGGCGUCUCAUCACUACGGAGGAAGCAUGACCUUCACCUACAAGGGAACAAAUCCCGAUGGAUCCUUUAAGGUGGACGUCCGAGCCAGGGAAACCUAUGAUGGUUGUUAUUACUACCACUACUGGUACUGUUACGAUGGCAACUGUGGCUACCCAGUCACUAGAGCCAGCAAUCAAAUUGACAGCAGCACCAAUGCACCAAUGUACAACAGGCAGUGGUGUGAAACAGAGAAUGUUGAGACGUGGCAAUUUCCUGGUGACAAACCAGUUCAGCUGAGGUCAGCUAGCUGUUGCUGGAUAGCAACACGUAACAAUGUUGGUAACUGGAGGUUUAAUACUCUUGUGGAUUUGGGAAGAAGAUCUGACACAGGGCAACCCAACAGAUCACCAGAUAUAGCUGUUCUUCCUUUUAUAAGAGUUCCUCAGAACUGCCCAAGGGCAUAUAAGCUGCCAUCCUUCGAUCCAGAUGGUGACAGAGUCCGAUGCCGGUAUGGGAAUAUCCCAAACAUAGAAUGUGACAACUGCCAGUCAAUCAGCGGCUUCCAACUAGAUGAGGAUACUUGCACAUUGCACUACCAAUACGCCACCAGCCACUACGCCGCUUUUGGAUUUGAGAUGGUGGUGGAAGACUUCUCACAAUAUCCAGUCAACCUGUUUUACUCAGAUGGUUCAAGAAUCCAGAAGUAUCCAUUGCUUGCAAGAAGAAAAAGACAAAUUACCACGACCCCUCCAAUUAGCUCAAAAACAAAUACAGUUGCACCAACGUGGCCAUGGCAAAUAACUAGUACAUCAACACCAACAACUACGACUACUACUACAACAUCUCAAUGGUGGUGGUGGUUUGGUGCCCAACCAACAAGUUUGACUGGUACAACAACAACUAGACCAACUACAACUACUACAACAACUUCUACAACAAUACCAUGGUGGUGGUGGUGGACCACCACAAGUACACCAACUACAACUACAACUCCACCAACUACAACUACUACAGCAACUCCUACAACAUUACCAUGGUGGUGGUGGUGGAACACUGCAACCCCACCAACUACAAGAACUACAGCAACAACCACUACAACUCCUACAACAAUACCAUGGUGGUGGUGGUGGACCACCACAAGUACACCAACUACAACUACAACUCCACCAACUACAACUUCACCAACUACAACUACUACAGCACCUCCUACAACAAUACCAUGGUGGUGGGGGUGGACCACUACAACUCCACCAACUACAGCACCUCCUACAACAAUACCAUGGUGGUGGUGGUGGACCACCACAAGUACACCAACUACAACUACAACUCCACCAACUACAACUCCACCAACUACAACUACUACAGCACCUCCUACAACAAUACCAUGGUGGUGGGGGUGGACCACUACAACUCCACCAACUACAGCACCUCCUACAACAAUACCAUGGUGGUGGUGGUGGACCACCACAAGUACAACAACUACAACUACUACAGCACCUCCUACAACAAUACCAUGGUGGUGGGGGUGGACCACUACAACUCCACCAACUACAACUAUUCCUACAACUACAGCAACAUCAGACAGAAGCACUGAUCCCUUCAGUAAACUACCACUGCAGUUUUCUUUUCUUGUGGACCCACCGGUUCCUUCAUGCCAGGAGGGACUCUACUUGCCUAAGUUUGAGUCUCCAACUCCUGCAAAUGGACAACACGUCCAGGCAGAGGUCACCAAAGAGCUGGAGAUCAGAGUCAAAGCUACGGCCACAUAUUCAUCAAUCCAAAACAUCAUCAUGAGCGGGCCGACAAACAUCACCAAGCACAGAAUCACCAGCGAUGAGUUUGUCAUCAAGUGGACGCCGGUCCCUGAUGACCUGGGAGAUCAUUACCCCAUCUGCUUUGCUGUGGAGGCGUCAUCAGGGUCCAGCAUCUAUCAGUCUGAAAUGAGGUGUGUUAUAGUGGACAUCAGGAAGGAGCAAAUUGAAGCCAAAGUCACCUGCACAGAAUCCUCAAUGAAAGUGGAGGUUGCCAAAUCUUCCUUCUUUGGACUGAGAGAGGAUCACCUUCGACUCAGUGACCCCUCCAACACCAUCUGCAGCCUCAGGACACACUCCAACCAGAGUCACAUAGUCGCUGUUAUCCCCCUUAAUGCCUGUGGGACCCAGAUUGAGGAAGACGACGAUUACCUCAUUUUCAAGAAUGAGAUCACCACGGUGGAUGACAAUGUGAACAGCUUGAUCACCAGGAAGCACUUGGUGGAAGCUCGGUUCUACUGUCAGUACCCCAAACGGGGGAACGUUACCCUGGGCUUCUCAGCACACAGGAAGAAAGUCACCGUGUGGGAGAAAGGCUUCGGCACCUUCACCUACCAGUUUGAGUUCUACCCAGACAGCCAGUUCAGAACCAUGAUCAAUCCCAACUCGUACCCACUGGAGUACGACGUUGGAGAGAGGAUCUACAUGGAGCUGGACUCCAGUUCCUCCAUCAACAACACCGAGAUGUUAGUGGAGUCCUGCAGAGCUGCACCCUAUGACAACCCCAACUACCAUCCAACCUACUCCAUCAUCGAGAACGGGUGUGUCGUCGACCCGACUGUUCAAGUCCACUUUUCUUCUGAGGGACAGUUUAAGUUCAGCAUGGAGGCCUUUAAGUUCAUCGGGCUACACGACCAGGUGUACAUCAGCUGUUCGGUCAUCAUGUGUGAAGGAGGAAACCCCAACACACGCUGCUCACAAGGAUGCAUCAACUCCACAAGUCACAGCUCCCGCCGUAGAAGAGAAGCCGUUCUCCAGACCGGAAAGCACUUCGUUUCCCAGGGUCCUUUGCGCCUGAGGCGGUCAGCAGAUGUUGAGGGAGGAGGCUCAGGGAUGAACCUGAACAUGAACCUGGUGUUCAUCGCUGGGUGUCUCCUCGCUGCCGUCGGGAUGAUCUGUGGCGUGCUCAUUUACAGAGCCAAAAGGUCAAAGGUUAAAUAUCAACCUUUGCCCUUAGAGGAAAGUUAGAAAGUGCUCAAAUGUUUUUCACUACUUUAAUGUCAGACUUUGUGUUUUAAUGAACUAACUCUGUUUAAUUUUUCUAAUGGGAAAGGAUAAAAUGAUAUUAAUAUUAAAGUUCUUUCAAAUAAAACUAAGCAGCUGUUAAUCAUCAUCCUGUGACAUUAACCCUUUCAUACAUGAAAACACCAAUCAGGACUUUGAAACAAUUUUUUUAUUCAUUUUUAGGUAAGAAUGAAACAAAUUGCAACUGAAUCUAUUGUAUGUCUACUAUGUCUGCAGUGUUGAACAUGAAAUACGUUGGCUAGGUUCACUAGAGUCCAAACAGCCUCAACAGCAAAGACCAUUAGUGACCAUUAUGCACUCUGUUUCUGCUGUUUUAUGUUGAAUUAUGAAAUAAAAAAAGUACAAUAGAUGAAAUUUUCACUUUUUGUUUAUUUUAUUAUAAUAAAUCUUUGGAUUUAAAUAAAAGAGACCAAUUCAGGGAGGAUUUUCUUAAAGGGUUUGUUUCAUUUAAUAUUUUAUGAUUUAUUAUUUUUCUUCUGUCUCUCUGAAUUUGUGUGUAAAGGUGGACUUUUUAUUUCUGAGUGGCUCAAUAAAAUACUCUUAAAUAAACUUUAGGCUCAUUUGAA